UCUGCAAGGGAGCCGAGCGCCGCUUGCCUCUCUCAGGUUCUCCUGCUGCCUCGCUCCCUAAGGGCUGGAGCGUUGCUCGGGAGAGCUGCCUGGCGUAGGGUCUCUGCUCGUCUUCGGGACCCCGCCUCUCCCUGCCUGCUCAGCACCCCGUUCGCCGGGGAAUUGGCCUUGUCUAGAGACGCCGCAGUGACCUGCCCUAGGAGGAGGUUCCUUUGAUACCCCCCGGCGGGGACUGUUUUGAUACCGACACUCCCCCCUCCUUGUCCUUUCCAGACGGAAAAUGAAUGAUCUCAGCGUGCCUGUGGAAUGGAGACAGCUGGCACCCAGCAGCGCCUGAAGGAUCCUUUGAAGCAGAAGUGUGAACUUGCCUCUUCUCCGCAAUGUUAUAAGCUGCCCAGCGGUUCUCUUGGUCGUGCCGGCUUCUCUGGUCCACUAAAAGCAGCAGGGGUCUAGUUUCAUCUUCACCUUUCUGCGCCUCUAAGGGGCUGGACCGCAAGUCUUUCCUAUGGCUGGGAUAUACAGCUCUACUCUGAAGACCCUGGAGGAUUUAACCUUGGACUCUGGUUAUGGGGCAGGAGAUUCCUGCAGAUCCCUUAGUCUCUCUUCUUCUAAGUCCAACUCCCAAGCCUUCACAUCAUCUCAGCACAGGGGCAACUGGUGGUACUAUUCAGGCUCCAUGAACAGUAGGAAUAACAGCUGGGAUACGGUGAACACUGUUCUGCCAGAAGACCCUGAAGUUGCAGACAUCUUUUCCAAGUGUCCUAAACUGCCCGAACUAGAGGAAUUCCCUUGGACUGAUGAAGACAUUGGGAAAAUACUCAGAAAAGGAAAGGGGGGUGAAAAUAGCAGAAACUUUUCUCAGGAAGCAGUCAGGAGACUCUCUCAGCUACUUAGGAGAGCCCUGAUCAGGAUCUCCAGAGAGGCCCAACGACUGAGUGUAAUGCAUUCCAAGUGCACUAGAUUCGAGGUCCAAAGUGCCAUCAAGCUCAUCCAGAGCUGGUCGUUGUCAGAAAGCUGUGUCCUGGCUACUGCCCGCUCCUUGAGUGCAGGAGAUGGACUGAGGAAAGGCAAGUCAGCCCGAUGUGGCCUCACCUUCUCCGUGGGGAGGUUUUUCAGGUGGAUGGUGGACACUAGGAUCUCCGUAAGGAUCCAUGAGUAUGCAGCUAUCUCUUUGACAGCUUGUAUAGAGAAUCUGGUAGAAGAGAUCAAGGCCAGGGUUCUAGCUAGUCAGAGCCCAGAUGGAGGAGGAGGAGGAGAAAUAUCCUCUGAAAUCCUGGAGAUGGUCAUCAACAAUGAUGCUGAACUUUGGGGAGUAUUGCAGCCUUACGAGCAUCUCAUCUGUGGGAAAAAUGCUAAUGGUGUGCUGUCUCUGCCUGCCUACUUCAGCCCUUACAAUGAUGGCUCCAUAAGCAGUGAUGGACGGGCUGAUGCUUAUGCCCAGCUGGAGCUCCGAACUUUGGAACAGUCUCUCUUGGCGACUUGUGUUGGAAGCAUCUCAGAACUAAGUGACUUGGUAUCACGAGCAAUGCACCACAUGCAAUGCUUGAAUAAUACCUUCCGUCCUGGCAUGAGCCCUAGCCGUCAAACCAGGCAACAGCAGCCCAUCACCUGGUCCCCUGAUGCCCUCCAUACCCUUUACUACUUCCUACGCUGUCCUCAGAUGGAGUCCAUGGAGAACCCCAACCUGGAUCCACCAAGGAUGAUCCUGAAUAAUGAAAGGCCCUUCAUGCUUCUUCCCCCGCUGAUGGAGUGGAUGCGAGUGGCUAUUACUUAUGCUGAGCAUCGGCGCAGUUUAACUGUGGACAGCGAUGAUAUCAGACAGACGGCCAGGCUGCUUUUACCAGGACUGGACUGCGAACCACGGCAGCUGAAGCCUGAAUGCUGUUUCAGCUCCUUCCGAAGACUGGACGCUAAAGCUGCUACUGAAAAAUUCCAGCAGGAUCUGGGUUUCCGAAUGUUAAAUUGUGGAAGAACUGAUCUGAUCAACCAAGCUAUAGAGGUGCUGGGACCUGAUGGGGUUAACACAAUGGAUGAUCAGGGCAUGACCCCACUGAUGUAUGCCUGCGCUGCUGGAGAUGAAGCCAUGGUCCAGAUGCUGAUUGAUGCUGGCGCACAUUUGGAUAUACCAGUUCCUGGCAGCAAUCCCCGAUACCCCUCAGUCCAUCCUGACAGCCGGCACUGGACUUCGCUCACCUUUGCUGUGUUACAUGGACACAUCUCAGUAGUCCAGCUGCUCUUGGAUGCUGGUGCCCAUGUUGAGGGGUCUGCUGCUAACAGCGGUGAGGACAACUAUGCUGAAACCCCACUUCAGCUGGCUUCAGCAGCAGGGAAUUAUGAGCUGGUCAGUUUGUUACUGAGCAGGGGCGCAGACCCUCUCCUGAGUAUGCUGGAACUCAAUGGGAUGUCGUCAUCGCUUCACGAAGACAUGAAUUGCUUUAGUCACUCAGCAGCGCAUGGGCACAGAAACGUGCUACGCAAGCUCCUCACUCAGCCCCAGCAGUCGAAGGGGGAUGUUCUGUCACUGGAGGAGAUUUUAGCUGAGGGAGUGGAGAGUGACACCUGCAGCCAGGACAGCUCCAGCGAGGGCCAGGUCAGGCUGUGUAAAACCAGGAUGAAGGCCCUUCAGGAAGCCAUGUACUACAGUGCUGAGCAUGGCUAUGUUGACAUCACCAUGGAGCUCAGGGUACUUGGAAUCCCAUGGAAGCUUCACAUGUGGAUUGAGUCAUUACGGACAACCUUCUACCAGUCACGCUUUUCUGUCGUGCAGAACCUCUUAAGGGAGUUUGUCACUAUUAAGGAGGAUGACUAUAACGAAGAACUGGUUAACGAAGGGCUACAGCUAAUGUUUGAUAUCCUCAAAACCAGCAAAAAUGAGUCUGUUAACCAGCAGCUUGCAGCCAUCUUUACCCACUGCUACGGCAGCAGUCCUAUACCAAACAUUCCUGAAAUCCACAAGACAUUGCCAGCCCGGCUUGAUCCUCACUUUCUAAACAAUAAAGAAAUGUCUGAUGUAACUUUUCUAGUGGAAGGAAAGAUGUUUUAUGCACACAAAGUCCUGCUGGUUACUGCUUCCAACAGAUUUAAGACCCUGAUGACUAAUAAAACAGAAUUAGACAGCCCAGGCAGUAAAACUGUUGAAAUCAGUGAUAUGAAAUACAAUAUUUUCAAGAUGCUGAUGCAAUAUUUAUAUUAUGGAGGAACAGAAUCAAUGGAAAUUCCCACAGCUGAUAUUCUAGAGCUGCUGUCAGCUGCCAGCCUGUUUCAACUAGAUGGCCUCCAAAGACACUGUGAGAUCCUAUGUGCCCAGACCAUCAGCAUGGAGAGCUCUGUUAGCAUCUAUAAAUAUGCAAAGAUUCACAAUGCACCUGAACUGGCCUCAUUUUGCGAGGGAUUCUUCCUCAAACACAUGAGCUCUUUGUUGGAGCAGGACUCGUUCCGACAGCUCAUCUAUGGCAGGAACAGUAAGGUGCAGGGUCUGGACCCUCUGCGAGACCUACAGACAACACUGGCCAGUCGACUGCAUUCUAUUUACAUCACCUCAAGAGUGUGAGGCAGUCACACUAGGGAAUCAUACCACACUGGCAUGGGACCUUAUCCAGCUGGGGCUUCUAGGUCUGUCUUAUGGAACCACCAGCUCAUGCUGAAAGUCCCCACAAGCUGAGGUCCUUACAGCAGUGAUUUCUCUGAGGAGCAAGUUAGGGUGCUGCAACUAUUCUAAUGAUGAAGGAAGUGAGGUGGCUUUUUUUGUGUGCUGUUCAGCAUGAGUGCAAUGCCAGGGCACCACCACCAGGAAAAACUGAGGCAGCCAGUGAGGAGCCUGGCCUGAAGAGUGGAUCUACAUUGCCGUUUUCAUGAGUACAAGGUGAAAGCAUCUAGGGAAAACAAAAAGCAAAAGCAGCAGAGCAAGGCUUAACACUGGGGCUCUUUCUAACAUGCUAGUCUAAAACCAUCUUAUCUGCAAACCCCAUCAGGUUGAUGCGUACAUACACGCACACACACACACGGUGCUUUUAAAAGAGUGCAUUGAGAGUCCUCCAAUCCCCUAGCCCUCUGAGCAUUGAGUCAUGUGACUUGGCAUGUAUAGUAAGUAGCAUACUCAUACUACCCCUGUAGCUACAAAGACAUUUUCACAUGGCAAAAGACUAGCAUACAUUCUUUGCAUCUUAAGACACAAAUGUUGUCAUCCACAAAGCUGAUGGGUGGUGAGAGAUUGUUAAGCCUCUACAACUAUCUAUUUACAGUAGCAUCAUCUUUGGAGAUUUUAGCAGAGUUUUGAUCUACUUGUCUGUAUUCAGUGGGGACCAACUGUCAAAUGAUGUGGGCCCAUUUGGAAAGAAAAUAGUGCUACUGAUUUACACUGUAAAGGUUUGAUCAAAUAUUUUGUGGUGUCCCAAGUCAUCCCCAUUUUAACAGUCUGGGAAUGGCACAUGCAGCACUGAUGAAAUAAAAGGAGGUGGUUUUCAAAAAUGCAAUAGCAGGAGCUGUAGGAAAGCCAGGUAUUCUGUGUAGCACCUAGACGCCAUUAAAGCCAACCGGGACUGUACAAGCUAAUUAUGUACACUCUUGCUGGAGGUGGGGUUGUAUAGACACACGUGCAUGAGAGGAAGGCCUGAAUUUUAAUAUCAGUCUGGCAUAAAUCUGAGGUCUUGGACAAGUCACAUCUCUCUUUGGCUGUGGAAAUGGAAGUAGUGGGGAGGAUACUUCCUAACAUCCACUACUUCCCUAAGAGCAGGAGAAAGGGGAAGUACUGCAUCAUGCUUGCACACAUUAACUUACCUAUGCCCUCUACAUCUAAAACAUUUUGUUACAGUACUUAACUAGAUACUUCAACCCUAGCACACAAGAUUCACCAUGUUUUCUUGGCUUGCAAGGGGCAGAAACUUUUUUUAAAUACACACACAGGCUUUGGAAACAGAUAUAAGAGGUCUACUUGUCACUAUUAGCUAAAACACACCCACUAUAACCAUUCCCUGCUGGUCUUUUGGCACAUAUGGAAAGUAUUAGCUAAAAUGCUUCAUUUUAGGCUGCAGGGGGAGAAAAAGCUUUCAGAGAUAAAGUUGAUGUUUCUCGGAACUCUGAUGAAAUGCUAAACAGGCUGACAGAAGGCAGCUUGAGCUCAGCUCUGAAAAAAAAAGUCAAGGUUUGGUGGAGGAGGGGGGAAAAAAGGGGCCUCUUGCAGCUUCUCCAACAAAUUGGUCAAAAGCUAAGGUCCCGACAGGCUUGUAAAUCACAAGCCAAGUGUGUGACAGGGAGCUUCGCUAGUCAGGAACCCAUGAACUGAUAGACAAAUUAUCAGUUGGAACCUGGCUGGGAGCACCAACUGGUCUGACUUGUUAAAUACACAGUUCAGAAGAACACCAGCUUCAUUAACCCUAUUUAUUCUUAGAAAGCCAGAGGCUGUUCUAGGCUUGUGGCUGGAAGACACCCUAUAAAGGACAUCCAGGAAAAUAUUUCAAAGAGCUGCUCCAGAUAUCUGUACAAAAGCAUAGGUCCAGUUUUAUUGCUGUAAUGUGUGUUAACUGUACAUUGUCAUUUAUGUAAAGGUAACAGGAUUUUGCUAACAAUGUAACUAACAUUUAUGAUUGGUGUACUGACUUAUUUUAAUGAAGGGCUAUAAGGAAGUGUGUCAAUGUGAGAGAACAUACUGUUUAAGUGAGCACACACUAGGACAAAAGGUGCUUAACAGCCAGCAAGUAUGUACCUUUCCGCAUCCCCAAGUCACUAUCCUCAAGUGGAAAAGAGGGUAAUCACAUGGUAACAUUUUUCCAGUAAUGAAGACAGGGCUGUUCUGUAUAUCCAUACUACUGAGCAUAUAGGAGCAGGGGUGCAAUUUACCUUUUAUAGAUUGGAACAGUUCUGAAAAUGCCCGAUGGGCUGUAGAAAGCAUGUCAGUCCUGUCCAAGAAGGUACAAGAGAAGCAGGGGGAAGGAAUUAAGUAGCCACUUGAGGUAACACAAUGGGAUUUAGGUCUUUCCAGCCAGAGACACACUUGGUUCUUAGGCUGCU